AGGAGAAAGAGGAGAGGAGGGGCGCGGACUGUCACCGGACGGGUCUGCGCGAAAGCAGAAACGGAGCUUGAGUUUUUCCUCCUUGGCUGGGCGGUGGGAGGAAGUGGUGGCGGUGGACGGUGCUUGGCAGAGGAUAACUGUGAUUGAAGCCGCCGGGGGGACCUGGAGCUCGGUGUGCUGCCGCUGCUGUAAGCCCGCACAGCAUUAACAUGGAGCUGGAGAACAUUGUGGCCAACACUGUGCUGCUCAAAGCACGGGAAGGAGGGGGCGGGAACAGAAAAGGAAAGAGCAAGAAGUGGAAGCAGAUGCUGCAGUUCCCACACAUAAGUUUGUGCGAGGAGCUUCGACAAACCAUAGAGAAGGACUACAGCAGCCUCUGUGAGCGGCAGCCAAUCGGACGGCUGCUCUUCAGGCAGUUCUGCGAGACUCGACCCGAGCUGAAGCGCUGCGUCAAGUUCCUGGACGCCGUGGCGGAUUACGAGGUGACGCCGGAUGAGAAAAGGAAAGAAUGCGGACAGGAGCUCAUCGAAAAAUACUUCAACCCAAAGUCAGAGGACCACGUGCCUGAGGUGGAGGAGGCCAUGAUGGCUCAGUGCACAGAAAGGCUGCAGCAGGAGGCCUGCAAAGACCUCUUCAAGGACUGUACCAAACUGAUCCACGACUACCUGAGCAUGGCGCCCUUCGCAGACUACCUCGACAGCAUGUACUACAACAGGUUCCUCCAGUGGAAAUGGCUGGAGAGGCAACCAGUGACGAAAAAUACAUUCAGACAGUACAGAGUUUUAGGAAAAGGUGGUUUUGGAGAGGUGUGUGCGUGUCAGGUACGAGCCACGGGGAAAAUGUACGCCUGCAAGAAGCUGGAGAAGAAGAGGAUAAAGAAGAGGAAAGGAGAGUCUAUGGCCCUCAACGAGAAGCAGAUCCUGGAGAAAGUCAACAGCAGAUUUGUAGUCAGUUUAGCGUACGCCUACGAGACCAAGGACGCCCUGUGCCUCGUGCUGACUCUCAUGAAUGGCGGCGAUUUAAAGUUUCACAUCUAUCACAUGGGCGAGGCGGGUUUCGAUGAGAAGAGAGCCAUCUUCUACACCGCGGAGAUCUGCUGCGGCCUGGAGGACCUCCACCGGGAGCGGAUCGUUUACAGGGACCUAAAACCAGAAAACAUCCUGCUGGACGACCACGGUCACAUCAGGAUAUCAGACCUGGGUCUAGCGGUUCAUGUGCCAGAGGGAGAAACUAUCAAGGGACGAGUGGGAACAGUGGGAUACAUGUCUCCAGAGGUGGUGAAAAACGAGCGGUACACCUUCAGCCCCGACUGGUGGGCGCUGGGCUGCCUGCUGUACGAGAUGAUCGAGGGCCAGUCGCCUUUCCAGCAGAGGAAGAAGAAGAUCAAGAGGGAGGAAGUGGAGCGGCUGGUGAGGGAGGUGGAGGAGGAAUAUUCCAGCAAGUUCUCAGAGGACGCCAAGGCCCUCUGUAAAAUGCUGCUGGCCAAAGAUCCCACCGAGAGGCUGGGCUGCCUGGGGGGCGGAGCCACUGAGGUCAAAGCUCAUCCCAUCUUCCGCUCCAUCAACUUCAAACGGCUGGAGGCCGGCAUGCUGCAGACACCCUUCAUCCCUGAUCCUCAGGCCAUCUACUGUAAAGACGUGCUGGAUAUCGAGCAGUUCUCCACGGUUAAAGGGGUGGAGCUGGAGCCGAAGGACGAGUCUUUCUACAGCAAAGUGUCCACGGGCAGUGUUUCCAUUCCCUGGCAAAACGAGAUGAUCGAGACAGAGUGUUUCACAGAGCUCAACGUUUUCUACCAGGAUGGGGCGGUUCCUCCUGACCUGGACUGGAGAGGACAGCCGUCUCCGACACCCAAACAGGGACUCCUGCAGCGACUGUUCGGCAGAAAUGACUGCUGUGGUAACUGCAGCGACAGUGACGAGGAGCCCACCAGGCUGUGACACAAACCACACACAUACGAUCUGAUUUGUUUACAACUUUUGCACAUUUGUAUUUUUACGGUAGUACUAUCUAAAUGUCAGAAUGUAAAUUUUCAUCAUAGCCAUAAUGUUUAAUGUUAUUUAAAAGUGUGAAAUAUCUGCUGUUCAAAUCGGGAGGCGGAGACAGAAAAUGAACUCAUUUUUUUUUGUUUUGCCUUUUAUUUUUAGUUUGUUGUUAUUAUUUGUCCAGGGAAGACUUUGCUUUUGUUUUCAUCCACUCACACACUGAACUGAGAGCUGCUUCUGGCUGCGAAGCAGCUCCACUGGAAUAAGCGCCUGCUGUAGAAGUGCCUUGCUUGAGGGCACUGAAGUGAGGACUGAACAUUCCUCCAUGUCUUUGUCCAGGGAAACUUUCAGCCUGUGAACUGUGACCACUUCUUCUGCCCUCCAUCCUGCUGAGACCAACCUCACGGCUUUUUUAUUCUCUUGUUUGCGAGCUGGGAUAUUCGGGGUUUGAACAUUUGGGUUUUUUAGAAUUUUUUCUGAUGGAUUUCAUGAGACAAUCGACUCCUUGUGUGUGUCAGCGCAGCUUCAGUCACUCUUGUUAGUAAAAUAUCAGUUUUCAGAUGUGAUGGGAGACGAGCCGUCCAGUUUUAACAGAAACUCUGAGAUAGAAAUGAUCACCUUUAAACGCUCCUGGUCACUCAGAGCUGCAUUUACCAAGACACCUUAUUGUGCCUUCAUUUCACUCACUCUGGUUUAUCCUGGCGAGGGUUGGAAAGCAGCUAUGAUUACUUACCGGCUGAAAUUCAGAGCAGCAGCAAAGAAAACUGUUACACCAGCUCUGGUAGUUUCCAAACUGCCACCUUUAACCCCUGAUAAUAACAACAGUCAGCCCGGGGUUUAGUUUACCCACCAAGACAUCUGGUUGGCCAAAGAUUUUAUUUUUCACCUUCACUUUACUGAUUCAUCUUUUUGGGUCAUGUUACAAACUGCCUGUGAUGGCAGCCUGUGCAAGCUGCUUUGCAACCCCCCACCAAACCCAGAUCCUGUCCCUGAUGCUGUGCUGUAGCUCCCAGACCAGACUCAUACUGCCAAAUAUAAAUCACUGCAGAUAAAACAAUUAGGCUUUUUUCUUUUUAUCCCAGUGUUUAGUGCUGCAGACUGGAUUUCUCUCAGGGUUUCUGCUGCUUCCAGUUGUUCUGGGUUCUUUCUACUCGGUCCAAACUCUCUCAGUCACUCUGAAACUGAAACAACAAGAAUAACUGAAGCUUUGGGGUCAAACCCUGAGACUGAAGUUGGACAGUUACAGUCAAUGGCUUUCUAUUUCUAAGCUAUUAAAAUGAAAUACCUCUGAAUGUACAGAAUGGCUGCCAUGUUGUUUCUGCAGAAUGACCUUUAGGACAACAGAUCCAACUAGACGCCAAAGUCUCACAAACAUCCGUUUGUUUCUGCUGUUAUGUAAAUUCUCCGUAGCGGAUGAGUUUGGAAAACGUGUGGAAUUCUCCUUUAACUGUCAGCAUUCCUCUUGGCUCCAGAAUUAAAGCUGUACCAUAAAAUACGGUCAUUUUUUAAGACGUUCUUCACCAAGUUUUAUAAAAGAAAACAUGAUUUGACACUUUG